AUGAUUAAGUUCUCUUUUAGACAAAAAAUUUUUUCAUUUUUUUUUUUUUUUAUAGCUCAUGUUUUAAAAAAUCAGUUUUCAAAUGUGAAAGUUUUGGCUUUUGCUAAUUUGCAUCAUUUUACAACCACCAGUCAAAAUUCAUUAAUUAAAUACAAGGCUUCAAAUGUUUCUUCAAAGCCAUCAAUUUUGACCUUACCUGUAUUUAAAAAUAUAUCAACAUCAUCACCGAAAUUAGCUGGUCAUAGUAAACAUGAUCACAGUAAGCUAUGGAGUCUUGAGAGGUUGAUGUCACUUGUUUUACUACCACUUGUUCCUGCAGCUCUAGUUUAUCCCUGUCAAGCAUUAGACACUGCUUUAGCUGUACUUAUUGUAAUGCACACUCAUUUUGGUUUGGAAGCCAUUGUGGUGGACUAUGUUCGACCGAUACUUUUUGGUAAUUUGAUACCCAAAAUAAGUCAUGGAUUAUUGUAUUUAUUUUCAAUAGUCACUCUUGCAGGAUUAUUAAAUCUCAUAUUUAAUGAUUGUGGAUUGUCUAAUGCUAUUUUAACUGUAUGGAAAAAAUAA